GGCGCAGUCUGCACCAUGGCGUACCCGGGGCACCCUGGCGCCGGCGGCGGGUACUACCCAGGUGGGUAUGGAGGGGCUCCUGGAGGGCCUACGUUUCCAGGACAAACUCAGGAUCCACUGUAUGGUUACUUYGCUGCCGUUGCUGGACAGGAUGGGCAAAUAGAUGCUGAUGAAUUGCAGAGAUGUCUGACACAAUCGGGCAUUGCUGGAGGAUAUAAACCUUUUAACCUGGAGACCUGUCGGCUUAUGGUUUCGAUGCUGGAUAGAGACAGGUCUGGCACAAUGGGGUUCAAUGAGUUUAAAGAACUCUGGUCUGUACUGAAUGGCUGGAGACAACACUUCAUCAGUUUUGACAGUGAUCGGAGUGGAACUGUGGAUCCUCAAGAAUUGCAGAAGGCGCUGACAACCAUGGGAUUUAGGUUGAAUCCCCAAACUGUGAAUUCAAUUGCAAAACGAUACAGCACCAGUGGAAAGAUCACCUUCGAUGACUAUAUUGCCUGCUGUGUCAAGCUGAGAGCACUCACAGAUAGCUUUCGAAGACGGGACACUGCUCAGCAAGGCAUGGUGAAUUUCUCAUAUGAUGAUUUCAUUCAGUGUGUCAUGACCGUUUGAGAGGAAGCUGCUGGAAGUCAAUCAACAUUCCACCUGGAGUUCGCAUUUGCUUACUCUUUGCCUUCAGUACCGUGUGUAGCUUACAUGGCUACUU